AAACUGAAUGACAUCAGCCUUCUGAAAACUCUUAUAUGGCCAUUUUUGCCAACUUUCUACAUAAUAUUUCAUGUUUACCUGAAGAUAUUAGUACUGAUAAUGUGUCAGAGUAUAAAUUUGUUUCAGUGUAAACCUUUGGAUUAAGCAUUAAUAGCCAACAUACUUCUCUUGUGUGUUUCCUGUAUGCACACAAGUUGGUGGCAUACUAGUAACGUUUUCUGCUAGAUGAACCCGGCCUGUGACUCUUCCUAGAUAAGGUCAAUGGAUUGGAAGAACCUGCUACCUGGGCAGAGGUCACAGUGUCAACAUGUUAACUGCUCCACUGUUUUGUUCUGUUAAUCAGUUUGUGGGAAAUCUCCCUUCUGUUCAAGUUCUUCUGCUCAUGUCACACAAAGCAAGAAACCUCUUUGUCACAGUUGCUUCAGAACGGGAAAUGGCGUUUAUGGUAAGCUAGCUCCCUAGCAUGCCAUAAAAAUCACACAGACUGGAUUUGUGAGAUAACCUUGAGAUAUAUCUAUAAAAAGCAGAAGAAUAAAUAAAAACAGAAUGCAAUCAUUUGCUCAUAAAUUAGAUGUGUUGACGCUUAAAAUUUAAUAAAGUAGUUCAUAAUUGCAAAGUUUAAAGAAAAUGUCACAUAUGGUUUUUAAAAGUCUCCUUAUGCAAAAAUAUGAAAAGCGUGUUGCAUUUGUUUUCAACCCACUUCAUUUUAUACUUUGUAGAAUCCAUGUUUUCAUGCAAAUAGAACUGCACGUCCUUUGAGGUGUGUCUCUGUCAGCUUUGCAAAUUUAGAGACUGACGUUUUUGCUCAUUGUUCUUUACAAAAUAGCUCAAUGCUCAGUCUGACUGGGUGAAAAAAGUGUAUCUGAACACCGUUUUUUAAGUCUUGCUGUGGAUUCUCAAUUGGAUUUUGGUCUCGGCUUUGGCUCAUUCUGACACACGAAUAUGCUUUGCUCUUAAGUCUAAACCAUUCCACUGUGGUGACUGAAUGUUGCCAGAACUUCUUCCUCGGUCUCAAGUCUUUUGCUGCCUCUAAAGUAUUUUCUUCCAGUAUUACUCUGACUAUUGCUCCCUCUAUCUUCCCCUGAACUCCGAUGAACUACGCUAUUCCAGCUGAAGACAAGAAUCCCCACGGCAUGAUACUGCCACCACCAUGUUUAAAAAUAUAGACAAACAUAUAUCACGUCCCUUCCCUUCCACUUCAAAGUCAUACUUCUUGUUGGCUUAUAAAACAUAACCUCCCCCCCACCCCCAAAAAUACAUAAACAUUUGCAGAUGAAGUUACAAGAUUUAAAAGAAAACUUCAGGGUGUAUGAAUACUUUGCAAAGCUCUGUAGGUGUAUAGUUCAUGGGUAAAUUUGUCAAAUAUAUAUUCUUUUAAAUAUAAACAUGUUUGUCAUACUUCUUUAAUAGUAUAGUAUCAAAUGUUUGUCAACGGGGUGGAGGAGGAAACAAGUCAGAAUUUUACAGUCAACUCGUUUAAAACUUUUCUUCAUGGCAGCCUCUGCAAAACUGAGUGACACUAAUCCUUUCUACUGUGGUGCUGUUUCAUCGUCGUCCAAAAGCCUUCAUACUGAAACCAGCUCACACGCCUCUCUUUCCCGUUUGCCCAACCCCCUGCAACCCCCGCCAUCGAAAAGUAGUCCCCGCCUUUCUCUCUCGCUCUCACCCCAACAUGACCACAAGUGUCGCCGCUCCGGAGCAUCAUGGGAGCUGUAGUUCCCGUCUCGCUAGCACGUUUGAGAAGGCGAGGCCUCACCAAAAUACAACUCCCAUCUCGACCCUCGCACGCCGAGCCCCGUCGUCCAAUCUGAAUAUGUGGGAGGAGCGCAUCCGCCCACAAAAGCCACAGCUAUCUCCCCGUUAUAGGAUCCAACUGUGCACGAAUUAAAGGGAAUAGGCUCAAAAUACAAAGGCCGGUGGUGGCUCGUUUUAGGUGCGCGGCGGACGGCGACGCGUCGUGUGUUGUCGGGGAAGAAGCGGCGGGUGACAAGAGGCAGGAGCAGCGAGGAGGGUGUUGUCUUGAUGCUUAAAUGGAAGUGGGUGGGCCUCCACGGUCACACACCGCCAACUUCUCUGUGGACAUCGUUCUGACAAGCACAAAUUAGCUCGUUUAUGGACUGUCUGUCCGGUGAAAGCGACAGAAGACCGGGGCUUCGAGGAGUCCAACGGUGCGGAGACGGUCGCGGUGUACGUUGUUGUUUCCGUUAUUUUUCGGAGGGCUGCUUGAUUGUGCCUCCGCUUGGUACCGCCCUUCCUGGCUGGUGGGUGGUUUCGUCAAACGAGCUGAUCCGCUACGGCCCAAAGCGGAACAUAUAGUCCGUCCUCCGCCUCUCUACCCGGCCGGCCUUCUACCGUGAACUACACCCUCUCCCUCUCGGUAUAUUAAUGCGUUAUGAGUGACUCGAAGAAGGAAUCAUCUGGAACAGAAGGAGGGAAAGCAUCUAAACGAGGCAAAAGUUCAGGAUCGCAGGAUUCCUCUCAGCCAUCUCCACUGGCUCUGCUAGCAGCAACCUGCAGUAAGAUCGGAGGGCAGGGGGGAGCAGAGGGGUCCCAGGCCCAGGCAGGUGCCCAGCAGAUCCAAGUCCAGGCUGGUCAUAUUCAGCUCCAGGCAGGCCAGCUUCAGGGUCAGAUAGUGGUGGACGCAGCCGGGGGCCAGGCUCUGGUGCCCCAGCAGCUAGAACUGGUCCCCGCUCAGUUCACAGGGAACGGCUGGCAGAUCAUUACAGCAGCUCCAACAAUGGCCAAGGAGAACACCAGUCACCCUGUUGCUGUGACUGUGGCCACCACUCUGGCCAAUGACAGUUCGCCUGGAGGACGCAAGGUGAAAACAACAAGUGGCACCAAUAGUGUCCCAGCCAAUCAGCAGCAGCAACAGCAGCAAUUCCAGAUCAUCCAGGUUCAGAACCUGCCUAAUGCUGGGGGUGGUGUCCAGUAUCAGGUCAUUCCUCACCUGCAGACUGCGGAUGGACAGCAGAUUCACAUCAACCCACAGCCAGCUUCCAUCGGGGCCCUGACUGAGCAGGUUCAGUUCAUCCAGACCCCAAACUCAGGCCAGUCCCAGGCUAUUCUCCAGCCAACCAGCCAGCAGGCUAUUCUACCAAGCACAGCCAAUCAGGCGGUCCCGCUGCAGAUCCGUCCUGCACAGACUUUCCCAAUUCAGCUCCAGACUCUGCAGGGCUCCCAGACUCCUGUUAUGACCACCGUGCCCAUAAACCUCGGUGGCAUGACUCUGGCUUUGCCGGUGAUCAACAACGUUGCAGGGAGCGGGGCACUGCAGCUCAUCCAAUCGGCAGAUGGCACGUUCUCUGUCGCUAAUGGCAACCAGCUGGUGACGACAGCAGUGCCAGGAGGCACUCCCACUGCAGCCAGCACCGGGUCAACACCAACAAUAGCUGAAGGGGACAGCAUGUCUGAUGGCGUUCAGGGGGUUUCUGCUGCACCCGAGAGUGCCCCAGAUAACACCCAAGUGCAAGGCAACGAGGCAGACUCCCAGAGCCAGGCCAAUGGGCUCCAAAACCAGUCAGAUGCAGGAACCAUCCAGCAAGUGAUUGUGGGCCAGGUAGGGCACCAGCUGGUGCAGCAGAUCCAGCUGCAACCCCAAGCUCAGAGUCAGGGUCAGACACAGAACCAGCAGCAACCACAGCAUAUUCAAACCCUCCAGCUGGCGCCAGGACAAACGCUACAGCCGAUCCAGGCCUUCCAGAACCCAGCACAGGUUCUUAUCCGUGCGCCGACCCUGUCGUCCUCUGGGCAGAUAACCUGGCAGACCCUUCAGCUGCCCGGGGGGGUCUCUUUGCAGGGCGGUCUGGGGGCCGGGAUGCCACAGCAGCUGACACUGGCUCCGGUGGCCGGGGGGACAGUAGGGAGUGGGGGACUGGUGUCCCUGAGUGGAACCCCUUUGACGCUAAGCGCUGCCCAGAUCAACCCAGGUUCCGGGGUGCAGACGGUCAGCAUCGCAGGACUGGGCACAGGAGGGGUUCAGGUGCAGGGUGUACCUCUCACCAUUACUGGUCUACAGGGUCAACCACAGGGUCAGGACACGGUUAAAGUUCAGCCUUCUCCUGUGACAGUCACUGUUGGCAGCAUGGCCUCAGGUUCAUCGGUGAGUCCAGACCAGCUGGGCUCUGUUCAGAGUUCUUCGGACCAGGAGGGGCUGCCCAGCAAGAGGCUUCGACGUGUCGCCUGUUCCUGUCCAAACUGCAGGGAUGGAGAGGGAAGGAACAGCGGAGACCCCACAAAGAAAAAGCAGCACAUCUGCCACAUAGAGGGCUGCGGGAAGGUGUAUGGCAAGACGUCUCACCUGAGGGCCCACCUGCGCUGGCACACCGGCGAGAGGCCGUUUGUCUGUAAUUGGAUCUUCUGUGGGAAGAGGUUCACCCGUAGCGACGAGCUGCAGAGACACCGGAGAACACACACAGGGGAAAAGCGUUUUGAGUGUCCUGAAUGCUCCAAGCGCUUCAUGCGCAGCGACCACCUUUCGAAGCACAUCAAGACUCACCAGAACAAGAAGGGGGGCACUGCCGUGGCCAUCAUCACCACUGAUGACAUGGAGGACGUCCCCCCUGAAGGCCUGGCCGAAUCCCCCCAGAUUGUCGCUGUAGGAACCCUCACGCGGGACUCUGAACCCGCUACACCCACAACCUCCAACCACCUGGAGGAAGAAGAGGGAGGAGAGUUUGAAUAGACGAAUCAAAGGCAGACUUCCUGAUUUUAUUUUGUUUGUUUUUUGGAGGUGUUUGGCCAGGACCUUUUACAUAAAUUUCAAAUUGUUUUCUUAUAAAAAGGGACUUAAAAGAGGAUCAUUUAAUGAAGAUUAAGAGGAAGAAAUACAAACCUUACAAUCUGAAGAAAACUAACAUAUAAUGAAAGAUUAGGUUGGCUUUUAUAUAAUAAUCUAUAACAUUUCCGUGUGCAUUGAGGGGACAGAAUGUAAGUAGAUGAGCACAAGACAGGGGGACCUGACGAAGCUAAAACCAACGGUGAGAGGCAUUUUCCUAACAGGAAUCUAACUCUAUGCACAAAGCUGUGUUCCUGUUUCAUACCUGUCUGACAGUGCUGAGGUCAAUCAUGAUACAGGUCGGUUGCGGAGCGCCAACAGCGCAGGGGCAGUCUGGGAUGUUGUGUGUGUGCAUAAUAACUGUGAUCGGCAAGAAUGGGUGUGUGCUUGUGUUCCCACGCUGCUCCAAAGAGGAUCUACCUAUGGUGAGUUUUAUUCAUGGUUCAGGUUCAGUCCUCAGAUCAGAUUCAGGUGAUUCAGGUUGAUUUGUUUGAUUAGUUUAACAAAUUAUUCUUAAAGAAGAAAUUCUAAAAGAGAAGAAGAGUAGGGGGAAAAAAGCACAUAUAAAAAGAUUUAUAAAUAAUGCAUUCCUUAUUGAAGUGCAGUGGCCAUUAGAAUACAAAUAAAAGGUUUCUAUAGAAAAAAAAAACAAUCUAGCUUUCUACAACUUUGUUUGUGUAGGGAAAGCAAUACUAUAAUGACAAUCCAUGUGAAACCGUGUUUACAUUGUAAGGGGAAGUUUUAGUUGUUAACGAGACAAGCCGGUUUGUUUAAGAAUCGGAGAGAAGUGCUGCCGUUUGAGCAAACCUGGACCUUUGCAGUCAUUGCAGGAGCGGCUUCAGCAUCAUGGAUUUUUACAGUUUGGCCGCCUAGCAGCAGUUUAGUUAGACGGCAGCACUGUCGCUGAUGCUACUUUACGCUUCCUGCACUGUGGUAAAGAACCCUCUGCGCUGCACGGAGGACCACAGUGCAAGCAGCUGAAGUAACUAAGAGCUGCAGCCGAGUUAAGCUCCUUAGCUAUGUGGAUGUAAGAUUUUUUUUGUUGAUGUUGCUCUGUGUUAGUUCAGUGCGUACGUUUUGAAUUAAAAAAAAUUAUUUUAAUGAAUUAAACAUUUUUUAAGCCCCUCUUCAAAUGUGUUGACACAGGACCCCAUUGUGUGAGGCUAAUUUAUUAUUUAUCCUUGGUUUGUAAUAUUUGCCUUUCGCUGGACUUGUAUUUGUGUGCGUUGGUUCUAAGGUUGUGUGCAGCAUGUUUCAGUUCUUGCCGUAGGGCUGCUUCUCUCUUCUUUGAUCUCUGUUGGUCUGAUAUUUCAUUUAUUUUCUUGGCGCCAUGAUGUGUUUUUGGAAAAAAAAUAUAGAUGACAAAAUAAGAAGAAAGCAGCAAAAAAAAAAAAAAUCUAUUACUGUCUAAAGCUGAAAAGAUUGAUACCAAACAAAUGUAGAUGUUUUAAAAAUCUUUUUUGUGUGACAACUAACUUUUCUUUUCUUUUCUAUUUUGUAGUGACAUCUCAUUUGUAAAUCUUUUUCUAAAGAUGUUUGUUCGUCUCCAUGACAUUUGAUAAUGGGUUUUUGCCAGGUUAGCCUUAAAGGCUCCAGUUUAUUGAUAUUUUUAAAACUGGUUUGUACAAAUGUGUUGUCAGCAAAAAAAGACUGAAAAAAAGAGAUAACUUCAAGCAGAAAACAUGCUUUGCCUGCUUAACACUUAAUAAAGCGAGUCUUAAAUUUC